AUGCCAGAGAAAGCUGAAGCAACACAAAAGGCUGAGCCACCCGCCGCGCAAAAGCACCAGCCGCUCUCCUUGCUCAAUAAGGACUCUUUGACGAGCUUUGUCGGCGGUGGGAUUGCCGGAGCAGCGUCGAGGACGGUCGUCAGUCCACUAGAGCGAUUGAAAAUUAUCCAACAAGUGCAGAGUGCUUCUGGAAAUGCUGGGAGGUAUCAAGGAGUCUGGAAAUCGCUCGUGCGCAUGUGGAAAGAGGAAGGAUUUAAAGGUUAUAUGCGAGGAAAUGGCGUAAACUGCUUGAGAAUUGUUCCGUAUUCGGCCGUUCAAUUCACAACAUACGAGCAGAUGAAGAAGAUUGUCACUCAUAAUGGUUUCGAGCUCAACACUUUGACUCGACUUGGAUGUGGAGCUAUAGCUGGUAUCGUUUCUGUUACUGUCACUUACCCGCUCGAUCUCGUACGAGCACGUCUGUCGGUCGCCUCUGCCACUUUUGCCCGACUCAACGACAAAUCCUUACAAUCUGCCACCACGACAUCAUCUACAUCUACAUUACACUCUUCUUCCGCGAUAAAGUCGCUCCAUACGUCUGCCACAGCGCGGGCAGCAGCCGCCUCGUCCAUGGCUGCGUCCGCUGCAGCCCAAGUCGAAGUCCCUGGCGUAUGGUCCAUGAUUCAAAAGGUCAUGCGAGAAGAGGGUGGUGUACGGGCACUCUACCGAGGGUUGGUUCCGACGGCACUUGGCAUCGCUCCGUAUAAUGGGAUCAAUUUUGCCUCGUAUGAGCUACUAAAGGACGUGAUCUGUCCACCCGACAAGCAAACGACGCCACGUCGAUUGAUCACGGGUGCACUGGCAGGAACCAUUUCACAGACGUUGACAUACCCGCUCGAUGUGCUUCGACGGAAGAGUCAGAUGGCUAGUGCAAAGGGGUUCAGCCAGUAUAACGGGGCGAUAGACGCCGCAAGACAUACCCUUCGUAGCGAAGGCAUUCGCGGCAUGUAUCGUGGCAUGUGGCCCAAUCUUAUUAAAGUCGCACCGGCUAUGGCCACAUCUUUUUACGUAUACGAAACCGUCAAACGACAGCUCAAGCUGUAUCUAUAG